GCAUCCCAUCACCUUCACCAAUGGGCCAAGCAUCGUCCACCUCCUCCACCGCUUCCACUGCACCGGCCACGGCCUCUGAGCCUGUGCCUGAGAACUCGGUGCUCGAAGUCGAACUCGAGAUCGUGUCGGCCAAAGACAUCGCAGCCGGUGACUUUUUCAGCGCAAGGGCUGCAGCCAAAGGCCACGUGGCCUCCAGCGAUGCGUACGCUUUGAUCGAGGUGGCCGGCCAGAAGGUGGCCUGGACGCGGCCGAUCUUCUCCACCCUAGAGCCCGUCUGGAACGAGAAGUUCUACUUCAAAAACGUCAAACCCGACACAAUCUGCAAGCUCUAUCUACUGGAUAAGGACUUCGAGGACGAUGACGCGCUCGGCCAGACGCAGUUUACAGCGGCCAACACGGCCGGCGUCGAAACGACCUUCGAGCUCCCUAUCACGCGUGAGGACAAGCCGGCCGGCACCAUUGUGGUCAAGGUCAAGUCGCGCCCGACACCGGUCAUCGGCACCGGCCAGCUGCAACAGGUCGGCCCGGUCCACUACUCUGUGCACUCAAGCUACAUCAACGGCUUCAUCACAGACACCACGACGGACGAGGACAAGCGCGAGUCGUUUGCCUACCAUGUGCAGCUGCACGACAUUCCAGCAUUCCUGGCCCAAGACAACGAUUGGAACCACAACCAUCAGUCUGUAGUGAAAAUAUUCUCGCCCGACCACCCGGAGGCUCCCGUGUUGCGUAGGGCCAUUAAGACGGAGCACGGUAUUGUCUACAAACACGACGCAGACACGGUCUACGGCGAGUUCAAUGGCCCGGCCGAUUUCUUUAACUUGUUGCACGACGGCAAGCGACUCGACAAACCCGUGCUCUUCACAUACGCCAUCAUCGAGACGGGCUGGUACUUCUCCGAGACCGGGGCGGCAUUCUUCAAGGACAUUCUGUCCAAGCACAUGUUGCAUUCCAGUGCGCAAUUCAACGUCAAAUACGCGGGAGAGUUCCAUAUCGAGAAGGAGGAAUCGGGCGAGUUUAAGUUGUUCAUCGACAACAACAGCGGCACGUACGCACCGCCCAAGGAAGAGCUACCGCAGAUCAAGGCCCUGCUGGAGACCAACUUCCCAGGUAUUGCGGUUGAAGCUCUGGACCGCAGCAGUCCCGAACUUAAAGAGAAGCGCAAGGAGAUCGUAGACGCGUGGGCUGCGUAA